GGCUGCCAGUCCUUGACGCGCCCCCUGCGGCCUCUGCCCUGACUGUGCGUACUUGCGUGAUGCGCGCGAGCGUGCGGCGGAGGUGGCGCGGGCCCAAGUGAAGCGCGCCGCUUCUGCUGCUGGCCAGGCGCCUCGUAGCGAACGGGGCGCCGGCUCCGCCACCUCAGCGUCCGCUUCGCCGAGCCCCGGGCUCCUGUGUCCGCCAAGCCCCGCGGGGGCGGCAGCUCUGGGCGGCCCGGCGUGUGGGCAAGCCCGAGGCCCGAGGGCCGGGGGCGGCGUGAGGACCGAGCGGGGGCCGCGGGCGGGUGGCCGGCAUGUCGGUGCCGGACGCGAUGCCGCUGCCCGUGGCCGGAGUCGGAGUCGGCGAAGAGCUGAAGCAGGCCAAGGAGAAGGAGGACGCGGAGAAGUAUUCGUUCAUGGCCACCGUCACCAAGGCGCCCAAGAAGCAAAUUCAGUUCGCUGAUGACAUGCAGGAAUUCACCAAGUUCCCCACCAAGACUGGCCGAAGGUCCUUAUCUCGUUCCAUCUCACAGUCCUCUACAGACAGCUAUAGUUCAGCUGCAUCCUACACAGAUAGCUCUGAUGAUGAGGUUUCCCCUCGAGAGAAGCAACAAACCAACUCCAAGGGCAGCAGCAAUUUUUGUGUGAAGAAUAUCAAACAAGCAGAAUUUGGGCGCCGGGAGAUUGAGAUUGCUGAACAAGACAUGUCUGCUCUGAUUUCACUCAGGAAACGUGCUCAGGGGGAGAAGCCCUUGGCUGGUGCUAAAAUAGUGGGCUGUACACACAUCACAGCCCAGACUGCAGUGUUGAUUGAGACACUCUGUGCCCUGGGGGCUCAGUGCCGUUGGUCGGCUUGCAACAUCUAUUCCACUCAGAAUGAGGUUGCCGCUGCAUUGGCUGAAGCUGGUGUUGCAGUGUUUGCAUGGAAGGGAGAGUCUGAGGAUGACUUUUGGUGGUGUAUUGACCGUUGUGUGAACAUGGAUGGUUGGCAAGCCAACAUGAUCCUGGAUGAUGGGGGAGACUUAACUCACUGGGUUUAUAAGAAGUACCCAAACGUGUUUAAGAAGAUCCGAGGCAUUGUGGAGGAGAGCGUGACUGGUGUACACAGGCUGUACCAGCUCUCCAAAGCUGGCAAGCUCUGUGUUCCAGCCAUGAAUGUCAAUGACUCUGUUACCAAACAGAAGUUUGAUAACCUCUACUGUUGCCGAGAGUCAAUCUUGGAUGGCCUCAAGAGGACCACAGAUGUGAUGUUUGGAGGGAAACAAGUGGUGGUGUGUGGGUAUGGCGAGGUGGGAAAGGGAUGUUGUGCUGCUCUGAAGGCCCUUGGAGCAAUAGUCUACAUCACAGAGAUUGACCCUAUCUGUGCUCUUCAGGCCUGUAUGGACGGGUUCCGGGUGGUGAAGUUAAAUGAAGUCAUUCGACAAGUGGAUGUGGUGAUAACUUGCACAGGAAAUAAAAAUGUGGUGACCCGGGAACACUUGGACCGAAUGAAGAAUAGCUGCAUUGUGUGCAACAUGGGCCAUUCAAACACUGAAAUUGAUGUAACAAGCCUCCGAACACCAGAAUUGACUUGGGAGCGAGUACGCUCUCAGGUGGACCAUGUCAUCUGGCCAGACGGCAAACGUGUUGUCCUCCUGGCAGAGGGUCGCCUACUUAAUCUGAGCUGUUCUACAGUCCCCACUUUUGUUCUCUCCAUCACUGCUACAACUCAGGCCUUGGCUCUGAUAGAACUCUACAAUGCCCCUGAAGGACGAUACAAACAGGAUGUAUACUUGCUACCUAAGAAGAUGGAUGAAUAUGUGGCCAGUUUGCACCUGCCUUCAUUUGAUGCCCAUCUGACAGAGCUGACAGAUGACCAAGCAAAAUAUCUGGGACUCAACAAAAACGGGCCAUUCAAGCCCAAUUAUUACAGAUACUGAUGGACCAUAUUGCAGAGGACCAGUCCACACAGAACCACAUAACUUUUAAAGAAAUAUUUUUUAAAAUAACUUUUAUUUUCAUUUUACUCUUUUCUUGAAUUUCUUUUCGCUGUGGUUUAAUACUCCUUUUCUCAUAUCUUUGUCUGUCUAAGCUCGCUAAACUGCACAGGGAUUUGUUUCCUAGCUUUACAGAUGAAACCAAGGGUUCAAGGUUUCUUACCCUAGUCACUACAGAAGGAAUUCGUUUUCUUAGCUAGGAGAGGUGAUACUUUCCUAUAGUUACCUUUACCCGUCCUGGGGCACCUUAGUCUUAAUGGGGUACCUUAAUAACAGAAAACACUAAGGUACUCUUUUCUAUGUGGAACAAUUUGCAAUGUCUAAAUUGCCUUAAAAGAGCCCAUUUCUUAGCUGCUGAAUCAGGGCUUCUUCAUGACUGCUGGAGGAGCAAAGGUGGUACCUCCCAGCUGGGUAGUUGAGAUUGUAGGCUGUGCAUGUUCAUUGAUUUCCCUCAGAAGUCAUAGGCCAUUUCUUGUGCAAGACACCCUCACUGGUUCCGAGGAACACUGGCCAGUGGGUGCCUGUUCAAAGCUCAACCGCCCAUCAGGACCAGAGCACAUCCUCCAGUCCCAGGACGCCUUCCUCAUUCUUCUCUAGUUUUUAGCCAGGCUGCACCUGACUCAACUGAAAUUUCUCUUUCAACACCAGUUUCUGUUGUAUAAUUUUUUUUUUUAUUAAGGAAAUUUUUUAGAGUUAACUCUUGUGGAACUGCUUGGCACUUGGUAGGUGCCCGUCCCUCUUUCUCCUUUAGAUACCUGAUAAGGAGGGUGCAGAGCCAUGUCUAAUAAGCUGCUGGGCUCAGACUCCAUGGGAGGCUGCUUUGUUUCUAGCCCACAGUUUUAUAGCGUCAGUGAAUUGGGGCCAUAGCUGCUCAUUCCAUCAGCUCUUCCACUGUAUUGCUUGUGCUGAAGGUGAAUUUAUUAAACAAUCACUCAGUAUAAAGCAUUGAAUUGCUUUUUGAGGCUGUGUCCCUAAGGAGCCCAUAUCUGGUCAGCCACCCAUCUAUUCCUGAAUAUACCUGCAGUAGCUGGUGGUGGGUAGAAAAUUGGUAGCUGGGGUCUGGGUGAGAGAAUGACUUGUCUGCGACUUCAGGCUGUGUUGAGAUUAGCCCGGCAUUUCACUCCAUGUCAUUUGAUUAGUGCAUCCAGCAAAAGGAAAUUAAAGUCUCUGUAUUCAAAGUACAUCUAUUCAAGGCAAGUGAAUGUGGCUAGUAGGACCUGACUUGUACUUGUUGGAGACCCACAGAGCCAUUUUCUGAAAUACCAGAGAAAUAUAUCCUUUAACCACAAAUUGAGCUUGCCAGUGUCUCUGCAUGGUAAACUGAGUUUUGACCACAGUGGCUUUUAAGUGCAUACUUGUUCAAAACCCCAAUUGCCCUAAACUAGCUUUGAACUGUAGUGCUGUUGAGCUGGUUCAUAAGUUGGUAUUGGGAAUUUAGACCCUUGAUUUCUCUACUGCUGCUGACCAGAGAGAUAGCGAUUACAACCAGGAACACAAGAAAAGAAAACUUCCAACCUAUUCCUUCCUAACAGGAGACAGUGCCUCAUGCCAAAAUAUUUCUCCUUUUCCUUUCCUCUUUUUGCCACGUUUAGUCCCUUGUCAGCGUGACCAUGCUUUCUUCUCCAGAGAUGCUAUUGGAGUCCCAUUUUCCCAAGGCAGACCUAGUUUGUAUCUGUUCUUCCAAAGAGAAUAGACUACCGCCCCAAUUAGGAGAUAUUCUGACCAUUGGUGUCCCCACUGACUUUCCCUGUGGGCGGGAAAUAGCCCAGGUCCAUGCUACCCUUUGGCCUACUUCCUUGCUCCCAUAUCUAUGACUGUGUCAAUAGGAAUAUUAGAUAAGGGCUCCAUCUCUAUUCAAGCCAUGCUACAAAGGACAUUAUGGAAUGAGAUGUCUUAGAUUAGAGGGAGCAUGUGGAGAGCAUCCUGGGUGGAAUAGGUUUAUUUUGUAUAUGAAUGAUUUUUAAUGAAUGCAAUAUUAAUCCUUGCAGAUAAGCAAUAAUCAUUAAAGUCGAUUAGAAAA